AGUUGUACAACAAGAGUCACAUGAUUCCAUGUGCGUUUCAUAAGGCAAGAGAGCCAGCUAAGGCUUGAACUGAAUUCGCUGCUCUCCUUUACAUCGUUUUGUAACAAUGCAUUGCUCGGGACAGUGACAUCCACGGCGUCUCCAACAUUGUCUUGUUCUAGAAUUUUCAAAGGAAUUGGUUUGGAACUGGCGCGAUGUUUUUCUCGUUGGGAUGGGUGACAGCUCUAGUGGCUGGCAUUUUCGCCCUACACGUUGUACAGCAACUGUGUUUCCCUUACUUUUGGAAAGAUGUUUUUUAUUUAGUGAAAGUCAUCCGAUACGGCGCACGUCUGGAGAUAUUCAAAAUGACUUCAAAAGUUGUCACUAUCAUUGACAGAUUCGUCCAACAGGCAGAGCGAAUUCCCACAAAACCUUUCCUUAUAUAUGAGGGAAUAACGUACACCUAUCAAGACAUUAACGAGCGGAGCAACAAAUUGGCGAAUGUCUUCCUCGAGCAGGGCACGUUGAAGAAAGGCGACUCCGUUGCGCUUCUGAUGAACAAUGAGCCCGACUUCAUCUGUGUUUGGUUCGGAUUGAUCAAACUCGGAUGUUCAGUGGCUUUUCUAAACACAAACAUUAAGUCCAGAUCGUUGCUACAUUGUUUCAACUGCUGUGGGGCCAAGACUCUUGUUGUUGGUGCAGACCUGUUGGACUCCUUGGAGGACAUCUUGCCCAGCUUCCUGGAGGACAGCAUCUCGGUGUGGGCCAUGAAGAACAAGAGCAGCCACCCGGAGGUCCAGACACUACUAGAUAAGAUGGACCAGGCGUCGGACAAGCCCACCCCACCUGCCCUGAGGGCUGCCACCUCCCUCAAGGCCCCCACCCUCUACAUCUUCACCUCAGGAACCACUGGUCUGCCUAAGGCUGCGGUCAUCACACAUCUCCAGUCCCUGAAGGCUGCAGCAGGGUUCUGGGCCUACGGUGGGUCGGAAGAUGACGUGGUCUACAUCCCCCUGCCUCUCUACCACAGUGCAGCCUCUCUCAUCGGCGUCGGGGGAACCAUCGAGAUGGGCGCUACCUGUGUCUUGAAGAAGAAGUUCUCAGCCUCACAGUUCUGGAAUGACUGUAGAAAAUACGACGUGACCAUCUUCCAGUAUAUCGGCGAGCUCUGUCGAUAUCUGUGCAACCAGCCUAAGGCUGAGGGGGAGAAGAAGCACAAGGUGCACAUGGGCGUGGGAAACGGGCUCCGGCAGGACGUGUGGCGGGAGUUCCACCGGCGCUUCGGCGAGAUCCGCAUGUGCGAGCUCUACGGCUCCACAGAGGGAAACCUGUGUUUCAUGAACCACAUCGGCAAGAUCGGAGCUGUGGGCCGCUCCAACUUUUUCUACAAGCUCCUCUUCAAGUAUGACCUGGUAAGGUAUGACAUGGUACGAGAUGAGCCGGUCAGGAACAGCCAGGGCUUCUGUCAACACGUUAACAAGGGUGAGACGGGUCUUCUCUUGUCCAAGAUUAGUGCCUCGAGUCCCUUCUUUGGCUACGCCGGGAGCAAACAGCUGACCGAGAAGAAGUUGAUGAGGAACGUGUUCGUGAAGGGAGACGCGUACUUCAACACUGGAGACCUCAUGGCUGAAGAUGCUGAAGACUUUAUCUGUUUCAAGGACAGAGUGGGGGACACUUUCAGAUGGAAGGGUGAAAAUGUGGCAACAACAGAAGUGACGGAGGUGCUUGGAAUGGUGGACUUUAUCCAAGAGGCCAAUGUCUAUGGGGUGGAAAUUCCAGGAAAUGAGGGAAGAGCCGGAAUGGCCGCCAUCAUCGUGAGGCCUGAAUGUGAGUUUAGCGGGAAGAAGCUAUUUGACCACGUCCUCAAUGAUCUACCAGGCUAUGCUCGUCCUCUCUUCAUAAGGCUUCAGGAAUCAAUGGAAAUGACGGGAACCUUCAAGCAGCAGAAAUUCAAUCUAGUGGAGAGCGGAUUCAACCCUUCAACAAUCUGCAACCCGCUCUAUUUCCUGGAUUGCUCAGAGAAAAGCUACGUUCCCCUCACGAACAAGCUGUACGGCAGCAUUUUGGCUGGCGAGUGGAAGCUAUAGUGGUUAACCGUAGCUAAAACCACCAAUAGAUUUGGUUCACUGAGACGGUGGCAGCAUAGUUGUGCUGUUUCGAAGAGUGGACCGAGAGACCGUCAAUUGGGUCCAUUCCUAAUUGUAUAUAAUGUAUGAAAU